AUGAGCGGCUCCUCCAUGGCGAAGAGCGAGUCCCGCACUUCGCUGCUGAAGGCGGCGGGGAGCCGGAGGGCGGCGGGCGCCCAGUCCCAGCCCCGCGGCAGCCGCGCCCGGGACGGCAGAGGACAAGGCGGGCAGGCGGGGAGGGAGCAGAGCCAGGAGCCGCUCCCCGGGGAGCCCAGUGCCCGCAGGCCGCUCUGCCACCCGGGCGCCCGGGAGGACGGAGCGAGGGGCGCGGGGAAGCUGUCACAUGGACGGGGGGAGAGCCAGCCGGAGCCGGCGGAAGGUGGUCCAAGGAGAGGCAGCGGCAAGGAACCGGUGCGGACAUUCAGGCACCACCACCACCUCCCGCCGCACGCCAGCCACGGUCACCCCCAGGACCAGCAUCAGCUCUCAGACAGGGAUGGGGAGGAGGCAGAGGAGGACUUUUUCUUCAGUCACAGGCAGAGGUCCAGCAGAGAGUCCCUAAAGCUCUCGGAAGGCGCUUCACCUCUGUCCAAAUCCAGCAGCAAGUACUCCACCAAGUCCAGCGGCAGCGAUCGGUCGGUGGAAGCGGACCCCCUCUUCCACCAGCUGCACCCCAUGCUCAGCUCGGUCUUUGGCCAGGAUAGAGAACUGCGUCCAGAAGAAAUUGAAGAAUUAAGAGAAGCCUUUAAGGAGUUUGAUAAAGACAAGGAUGGGUUUAUUAACUGCAGGGACCUGGGGAACUGCAUGCGAACCAUGGGCUACAUGCCUACUGAGAUGGAGCUAAUAGAGCUCUCCCAGCAGAUCAACAUGAACCUGGGUGGCCAUGUGGAUUUUGAAGAUUUUGUUGAGCUGAUGGGACCAAAGCUGCUAGCAGAAACUGCAGACAUGAUUGGUGUAAAAGAGCUCCGCGAUGCCUUCAGAGAGUUUGACACCAAUGGUGAUGGGGAGAUCAGCACCAGUGAGCUGCGAGAAGCCAUGAAGAAGCUUCUAGGGCAGCAGGUGGGCCAUCGGGAUAUUGAAGAGAUCAUCCGGGACGUGGAUCUGAAUGGAGAUGGGCGUGUUGAUUUUGAAGAGUUUGUUCGCAUGAUGUCCCGUUGAAGAUUAUUCUCAGCUAAAGAAGAAUCAGCACCUUAGAGAGGGCAGAAGAGGACCUAGAUGGAGCAUCUAGCCCCGAUGUUCCCACAUGAAGGUUUAUCGGCUGGCUGCAAUUGGGACAUUGCAAGAUGACCUGCUGCUCCUCCCUCAUGGUGGUCCCCAUGCCCCUCCACCCUUUCACACUGUGAAAGACUUGCAACUUCCUACAACUGGAACCAUUCUUUGGAGAUGAUUGCAGGAAACUGCAGAGCCAGGACUUGCCAUGAUGCUUUCAUGGGAUAUUUGCAACUUUAGACUCCUCCUCCCCAGCUUUAUUCUCCCACCAGCGGCUGCAAAGCAAGAGCAGGAGAAAUCCUCCUGGCUUGGUGGAUGAGAGCAAAGCCAUUGGGACUGGUGGCAGCCUCAGGGCGUGCUCUGCACUUCUUGGUUUUCCUUGGUGAACCGUGUCUGUGUUUGCUGUCUGUGUGUGUGUGUCUAUCUGUGUGGAGUUAUUUAUGCUU